AGCACCUUUUUACUUACUUCUCAUUAUAUUCAUAACUAGGUAGCUGCAAUAAACUACUCGGGAGACCAUAUGGGUAGUGUGUAGCAGUAAUCCGAUUAUACUAAGAAGCUACGAUAUUUUACUUAGUAGUACCCAACACAUUGUCACAAUUUGAAUCGACAGUCGCCUUCCCUACCCAUGAUUACCCCCUGGCCGCUACUUCAAGUUAAGGUCAUAAAACGAUACAAUGUCGAACAUGCUUUCCUGACAAUGUUAGAAGAUAGACUGAUUAUUUCCAAUAUCCCCUCUCUCCUUUUCAACCCCGUCUCAUCAUCCACUCUGAGCCGCUCAUCUUCUCAUACGCGCCCUUCUUUCAAGCCUAAAUGGCCUGUACUUGCUCCUAUAUUUACCUUGACCUUAAACCUCAGAAACAACCUAUCAAGCAUUGCGUGUACUUCGUUAGAAUAUUAUCGACUACUCUCACCUCAGAGCUAACAAAUCCUAUAAAACCAUCGCCACCAUGUCGGAGACAUCGGACAGAACACCUCUCCUUCCGCAUCCAGUACAAGCCCAAGGAAGAUCAGGCUCUCCUAGUAGCUCUGGUCAUCCAGGCCAAUCGGGACACCAUGGAGGUCGACCUGGCCCAUCAGAUAGCCACCCCAUCUAUCUUCGAGCCUGUCAUUCGUCGUGGCGUAUCAUCGACCAGAGGUUACUCCUGUUACUCCGUCUCCUCUUGACCGGUUAUCUUUCAGCAGUGUUUGGUGUUUCGCUCAAAUACAAGCUCGACGGCGUAGAAGACAUACAUACACCUUGGCGUAUACUGUUCCAAUUCUCGACUGUGUCUUUCUGUACACAAUGGGCGUGGCAUCUACUGGUGACACUUUGGACCGCCAUGCACCUUAUUUUCCCCAAGGCAAUAGAGAUCGACCCAGAUGAAUGCCACGGACACAAAUUCAGAGCUCAUAUUCUUCGUUUCCUCUCCCCGCCAAAUACGGCAGCCUGUCCUAUUCGUCGGUUCUUUUUCAGCAUGUUCUAUACCAUUGCCCACGUUUUCCCUUUCAUGAACACGCUGGUUUAUUGGGGUUGUCUCGUGCCUUGUGGGCAUGGUGGUUUCAAGCCACCUUCUAUGCCACAUUCUCAUGGCGACCUCCUGAGCCGCAACUCGACAGCUAGAUUCCCGAAUAAGGGGCUGCUUGAGUUGGAACCUAUCGACUCAUUCAGCAUCAUCAACGUCUGGAGCAUAACGUCGAUUAUUGCACUCAUCGAGAUAGGCUUCCUCAAUAGCAUUCGCCGACAAACUCCAAUCACAGCUCAUAUAGCUGGUGUCAUGUUCUGUAGCGGUGCGUAUCUUGGCUGGGCGGGGCUUGGAAAAGUUAUCACCGGCCAUUCGGGACUCUUCUUCCUUGACCCUGAUAUCAUGAAGGAGAUGCCGGGGGCCAUUAUUGCGACAUGUAUCGUCUUCAUUUCCGUAUCUCCUGGAGUCUUUUCGUACAUGUAUGGGCUCAUUGCGAUGCGCGAGACUAUCACGGCGAAACCAUCCCGGUCUAGUUCUUGACAGACAGGAGGUCGCCUUCUCUCUCACGACGAGAAGUGAUCCGGUUGGUUGAUUCUUAUAAUAAGGCUGUCAAUGAGUAGUGUGCGGUCCCGAAGAUAACUUAGAGAAGGCCAUAGUUGCGCUAUGGCACACAGAACGAGUGCGAGAUUGGUGGUGGGAUUAAAUAAGCACCUAGGCAUACAUGUGAAUGACUGACGCGUGGGGAUGAGAUAGAUGGUGGUUUCACGAGACAACCUAAAAUGAGACAUCGAAUUCAUGAUUCAUGGGUCAUCGCAAGCCUCACACAAGGUGACUCGGUAGUUGAAUAUCGUCAUUGCUUUAACCCGAAAUUAAUGCAUCACCAGUAUCC